AUGGCUUUAGAUUUCAACCAAUUAGCUCAACAAUUCACCGAAUUCUAUUACAAUCAAUUCGAUAGUGAUAGAACUCAAUUGGGUAAUCUAUAUAGAGAUGAAUCCAUGUUAACUUUCGAAACUUCCCAAGUCCAAGGGGCCAAGGACAUUGUUGAAAAAUUGGUCUCUUUACCUUUCCAAAGAGUUGCUCACCGUAUCACUACUUUAGAUGCUCAACCAGCUUCUUCAAACGGUGAUGUUUUGGUUAUGAUCACUGGUGACUUGUUGAUUGAUGAAGAACAAAAUCCACAAAGAUUUUCCCAGGUUUUCCAUUUGAUUCCAGAUGGUAACUCCUACUAUGUCUUUAACGAUAUUUUCCGUUUGAACUACGCUGCUUAA